AUGCGCAUGCGAACGUGCUUGCUUUGUGACUUUAAACAGGGCACGACUGUUGCCGAACCUCACCGUGACGUGUCCAAAGCGUUUGGCGACGAUGUUAUAAGCGAACGACAAUGUUGCAACUGGUUCCAACGCUUUGGAGCUGGUGACGAAAGUUUACAACAAGAAAAUCGUGGUCGUCAGUCUAAAAUCAUCGACAACGAUGCAUUAAAAACCGCUGCUGAGUCGAACCCUAGUCAAGCUACGCGAGAACUUGCUGAAAUUUUCGGUUGUGGUCACAUGACGUUUGAAAAUCAUCGACACAGAUUCGGCAAGGUUAAUCGUUGGGGUAAAUGUGUGUCGGACCGAUAA